AUGGGACUACUCCUCCAGCAAGAGGAAAACACAUACAGCCACCACCACGCCGCUUCCACCAUGACCGGUCGACGUUGCCUCGCCGGUGGCCGUCGCUUGCUCGGCGCGCUCUCGUCCUUUUUUCGCAUCGCCGACCGCACAUUCGUUUUCUCGCUUGCCACCACGUCGAUCCUGGCCAGCAAGUGUCUUCACAUAUACAUUCACUCCCAGGUCCUGUCCCUGGGCGAGUUAAUACAAUGGCUGCCGAGCCUCUUCAUGCAGGACACCGUAAUCAUCCUGCUCCUGCGCUUUUUGCUCGAUGGCAAGGCUUUGGGUCGUUUUGGCGGCGGCUGGUUCCGCUUCCUCGCCACGGCCUUUUCAACCAUUAUCGCCCUGCUGCAGCUCUUCCUUGCAGUCUCGAAUAUCUCCUUCUUCCUCAUGAUUGGUGGCGAACCGCGCUGGCGCAACGCCGGCCUCGUCGCCGACUCCAACACCUGGGCUAUCAUGCUCACCGGUCUCUGGGCCUUUGUCUCCGCCAACGUCGGCCUCGUCUUUGGCAGCAUGCUGCUUAAGAGCCCUUUGUUCUUCUUUGCUGGCCUCGCUCUAGAUGUCGUUAAGGCCGCCUCGGGCAUGAUCCUUAGCAAGAUUGGUGUCUGCCGUCGCACCCGCGACGCGGUUGAAUACGCUCCCGUUGGCAAGGAGGAGUACUAUGACGAUGUCGAGUCCUCGUAUCCCGACCCUCCUGGUGCCCCUGUUGCUGCCUCUCGCCGCGAUCCCAAGCUGCGCAUGCUGUACAUGGGCACCGCCGUCUUCCUGUUUCUUCAACUUCUCACUUCCAUUCUUCAACCUGCUGAGCAGGCCUUCAUCUUCCUCUCAUGGACCGCCCUCGCCAUGCCCAUUGUCGACUACCUGCGUGGCUCCGACUCGCCACUCACCAACAUUAUUCCCGUAUACGAGAAGAGCAUGGAUCAAAAGUGGAAUGUCCCCUUUACCCUCGGUCAACCCACCCACUGGGACUGGCUGCCAACCGAAGGCAGCGCCCCGGCCGGCUUCGAUGACUGGUACGGCGACGACAAGCAGCACUACGACCGCAGACUGGACCCUCUCAGCCAACCCAACUAUGACAAGGACCUGCUUGACUCGCUCAAGGGCAAGCUCUCCGAUGUCUCCAUUCGCAAUGUCAUGUUCAUUUUCCUAGAAUCCACACGAAAAGAUGUUUUCCCCUUUAAGAAGGGAGAUUACAUUUAUAACAAGAUGGCCGCAACCUGGAACGACAAGAAGCUUCCCGAAGAGGCAGAGAAGAGAGCCGCGACGCUGACCCAGAACGCUCGCUGGCUUACUGGUGACUACAGCGACGGCUUCGACCACCAGGAAACUCCUCGACGCGGUGGUAUCAACGUGAACAAAAACACCCCCUCGGCGACUUAUACCCUCAAGAGCUUGACCGGUGGUCUCUGCGGCAUCAACCCUCUUGUUGCCGACAUGAACAAGGAAUGGAACUACCACAUUUACCAGCCCUGUCUUCCUCAAAUCUUCAAGGUCCUCAAUGGCCUCAACGACGCGAGCGCCACGGACGGCUUCACCAACCGCCCCUUUAACAACUCCUUCAUGAUGUCCGUCACCGGACAGUACGACCACCACGACAAGGCCGCCUUUGGCAACAUCACCGUCGAAGAUGUCCGCUACGACGGCAUGCCCGAACCGGCGAUCGAGGAGUACUUUCGCGACGCCUUCCGCACGUCUCGCGAAAACGACACGCGCCUUUUCCUUACCCACCUGACGAGCUCGACGCAUUUCCCAUACGGCCUCCCGGGCGACGAGGUCUACGUGCCCAUGGUCCAGGACGACGCCAACAACCACCUGCAGGACAUUUCCAAGCACCUCAACGCCGUCGGCUAUGUGGACCGCUGGGUCGGCCACCUGCUCGACAUUGUCGAGGAAGAGGGCGCCACCAACGACACCCUCAUCGUGCUCGUCGGUGACCACGGCGUGCCCGUCAUUGAAAUGGGCGGCGCCUCUCCCUGGGGCGUCCCCAGCAUGGGCAGCUUCCACGUGCCCCUCGUGCUCUCCCACCCGCACCUCCCCGUCAUCGACAUCAACGACCUCGUCAGCUCCAUGUCCAUCCUGCCCACCGUCGUCGACCUGCUCCUCGAGACCGGCGGCCUCAACGGCGCCCAGCAAAAGGCCGCUCGCGACCUCCUCGAGACCUACGAGGCGCCCUCGCUCAUCCGCCCGCUCCAGGCCGAGGACCGCCGCUGGUACUUUACCAGCGUCAGCCCCGGCGGCCAGACCAUCUCCACCCGCAGCAUGGACAGCCCUCGCUGGCGCCUGCUGGUCCCGCUCAUCCAGGAUGCCGAGUGGUACUUUUCGGACCUCGAGACGGACCCCCACGAGGAGACGCAAGUCGCGUCCUUCGAUUUUGUUGGCAUGCUGCGCGCCGUUGAGAAGAAGCACGGCGUCGACGCGGCAAAGUGGGCAGAGGAAGCGGCGUUUGCGACGAGGUGGUGGGUGGCGGACAACCACCAGCGGUGGCGCUAUAUUUAA